UUACCGGACACGUCUAGCCGUUGGGGGUGAUCUCUGUUCCAAAACGAGGCGGAGCUUGAAUUCCAAACUGGAUUGAGUCCCUCCCGAUACGUCACUCUGGGAUAGGCUGCGAGCAGUCGAGCAACGCUGUCAGUCAACAGGGUUUCGGGUUGGUUACCUAGGCAUUCUCGGGACGGGACCCCCAAGCAGGAGAAAGUAGCCUUGCCCAUCGCGGGUGUAGGCGCUGGGAUUAAAGUGAUCGCCAGUCCCACAGCUUUCGUCGAAACUGCCAGUAGGGAUUCAUGCUGUGUUGGUUAGCUAAAUGCGGUACGAAGCUAAAAUGAUGCCGAUGUUCCUGACAGUGUACCUCAGUAACAAUGACCAGCAUUUUACUGAGGUUCCCGUUACCCCGGACACGCUGUGCCGGGAUGUGGUGGAGCUGUGCAAGGAGCCGGGGGAGACAGACUGCCACCUGUCUGAGAUGUGGCGUGGAUCUGAACGAGCUGUAGGUGAUGGGGAGAGGAUGCUGGAUGUGCUCCAACGAUGGGGACAACACAGGGCGGAGGUGCGCUUCUUCUUGCGUCACAAUCGAGCCCCUAGCAGGGAAUCGGGUGGGUCAAGAGGCUCAGAGCAGAAGAGGAAUGGAGUGAAGGGUAACCCAGACAGAAGAAUGGAGAAUGGGGUGGCGACACCCCGGAUGGACAUGACGCUGGCCGAACUACAAGAGAUGGCUGCCAGACAGCAGCAACAAAUAGAAGCUCAACAACAGCUCCUCGCUUCCAAGGAGCAGCGGCUGCGCUACUUGAAGCAGCAGGAGCAGCGUCAGCAGCAGCAGGCCUCCGAGCAGGAGAAGCUGCAGCGCCUCCGAGAAAACAUUGAGAACCAGGAAACGCGGCUUAAGAAAGUCCGGGCCCUCAAGGGUCAAGUGGAGCAGAAGCGCAUCAGUAAUGGAAAACUGGUAGAGGAAAUAGAGCAGAUGAACAACCUGUUCCAGCAGAAGCAGAGAGAACUAGUGAUGGCUGCGUCUAAGGUGGAGGAGCUUAGCCAACAGCUGGAGUUGCUAAAAAAUGGCAAAAUGGACAACUACAAUGACAACCAGAGCUCUGUGGCUGAACUAGACCACCUCUACAAGGAACUACAGCUGAGGAAUAAGCUCAACCACGAUCAAAACUCUAAGUUGCAGCAGCAGAGAGAGGGCCUGAACAAGCGCAACCUGGAGGUGGCUGCCAUGGACAAACGGAUCAGUGAACUCCGAGAUCGGCUGUGGAAGAAGAAGGCAGCACUGCAGCAGAAGGAGAACUUGCCUCCUCAGAUUCCCUGGCAUUCAGAGCUCACCCAUGCCAAUAAUGGCUACCCUGGUAAAGAGAGGGCUUCAAAAGACACUCAUCUUCAGGUGCCCUCUGAUGGCCAAGCUGGACAGCAGUCAGGUCCGUCUCGCGUGGCGGCGGUUGGCCCAUACAUCCAGUCGUCCACCAUGCCCAGGGGCCCAGUGAGGCACGACCUUCUUGUAAAACCAGCCUACCCAGACGGCACUGCCACCCUUCCAACCCACGACCCACAGAGCAAGGCUGGCACAGCAGGAGCAGAGGAGUCUGGAACACUUGCUGAUUGUGAUGUCACUUUGAGCUUAGAAGAAGCCAUGUUCUUGCUUAAGCCACUGAAAGAGCUGCGGGCUAAGAGAAAAGGCCUUCAGCCAUCCAAGCUGGCAGACUGGGACUCUUCAGGUCCAGAAACCAACCUCAACGGUCAUGGAUCAGCUUCAACACUGCCACGAAUGACCUCUCACUCUAACACAGACCAAGAUGAUACAGAACUGAAGAGAGACAGGAAGGUGCGUCCAUUUUCAAUGUUCGAGCCAACGGAGGCUCCCACUACCUCCCUCCGCAAAAACCAGAGCAGUGAUGACUUGGUCAGGGACGCGCAGUCUGCUCCCAAAGCUCCAGUCAAGGUGCCUCCUCCUGUUCCCACCAAACCAAAAGGCCCUGGUGCCGUGCCCUACGGCAAACCAGGUCUCAACACAGGCACCUUCCCCAAAGCCAAGCCCCACAGCCAGCAGCCUCCGGCUGCCCAGGGCCGCAACCCUCUCCCACCUUCACAAAGCCAGACACUCCCCCUGCCUUCUAAGCAGGAUACUCCACCUGCAGCCGCGGUGCGACCCUUCACCCCAGAGCUGUCCUCCUCCAAAGAUGCCAGCCUGAAUAAGCCCCAGACCUUAACGGCCAGCUCCAUUUACUCCAUGUACACGCAGCUGCCUGGCUCAGCGAAGCCUUUCAACCAACCUGGGGUCCAGGGCGCUCUCAACAGGUCUCAGACCCGCACCAAUGGAUUUGUCAGUGUGUACGGUAAACCAGUGAUCCCCAGUGGCGGCUCCCUACAUCCAGAGAACCCUUACAUGGACCGACGCUCCCCUGCCCUAGAAUUUGAGGUUGACCACAAUGGAGCCAACAACAUGGGUCCCAGCCCAACUGAGGGCCCUCAACCAGAAUCAGAGCGCACCCCCCGGCCCCUCAGCCCCACCAAGCUGCUUCCUUUCAUUUCCAACCCAUACAGGCAUCAGAGUGAUGGUGACCUAGAAGCCCUAAGAAAGAAACUCUACAAUGCCCCAAGGCCCCUAAAGAAACGCAGCUCCAUCACUGAACCAGAGGGUCCUGCAGGGCCCAACAUUCAGAAACUCCUCUACCAGAAGACCACACUGGCUGCAAUGGAGACUGUGACUACACCAACCACUCCCACCUAUGCUGAUGAAGCAGAGAAGGCGACAGAGGGAUCAGUGGGGCCACAUGUUCCAAGCCCUUUGAGUGGUGCAGAGAACAACCCAUCGGAAACGGGACAGACUCUGGAGGGAGGUCAGCUCUCGUCUCAUAUUCCAGGUGCUAAUGUCCCUGUUCCAGUGCCUGCUGAACAGAACAAACCAUCUUCAGCCAUCCCAGAGAGCGAGGAAAUUAUUCCACCUCCUCCCCCAUCCCACCCAGCUCCCAAGCCAGAUGAUGCUCUUUUCCCACCACCACCAACUCCUGGCUUGGAGGACUCAAUUGCCAGCCUGCCCCCUCCACCUCCAGAAGGCUUCCUGGAAGAGUUCCCACCAUACCCACCACCGCCAUACCCCAGUGGAGCGGAGCAGGACAGCUUAGGAGAAGACACUUUUACCAUGAAGGCACCAGAGGUUACUGGCCAGGUCACUCUGCCACCGGGAAAAAGGACCAACUUACGCAAGCUUGGCUCUGUACGCAUCGAUCACGACAUGAGAGUGAAGUUCAACCCGCUGGCUCUGCUGCUGGACUCUUCUCUGGAGGGAGAGUUUGAUCUGGUCCAGAGAAUCAUCUAUGAAGUGGAGGAUCCCAGUCAGCCCAACGAUGAAGGCAUCACUGCUCUGCACAAUGCCGUCUGUGCCGGACAUACGGAAAUUGUCAAGUUUCUGGUUCAGUUUGGAGUCAAUGUCAAUGCUGCUGACAGUGACGGAUGGACACCUCUUCACUGUGCUGCAUCCUGCAACAAUGUGCAAGUGUGCAAGUUCCUGGUGGAGUCUGGUGCGGCCGUGUUUGCUAUGACUUACAGCGACAUGCAAACAGCAGCUGAUAAAUGUGAAGAGAUGGAGGAGGGCUAUACUCAGUGCUCUCAGUUCCUCUAUGGUGUGCAAGAGAAGAUGGGCAUCAUGAACAGGGGGGUGGUCUAUGGUCUGUGGGACUACAAUGGCGAAAACCCUGAUGAACUAAUGUUCCGCGAGGGAGACUGCAUGUCCAUCAUCCGCAGAGAAGACGAGGACGAGAUUGAAUGGUGGUGGGCACGCAUGGGCGACAAUGAGGGGUACAUUCCCCGAAACCUCCUAGGGCUCUACCCCCGAAUAAAGCCAAGACAGAGAACCCUGGCUUAAAACACAAAGAUCCCUGCACAUUCCAGUCUGCCAGAACUCUACACACACACACACACACACACACACACACACACACACACUCAUCUAUACAAAGGCUUAAACAGACUGGGGAAGAGAAGGACACUGUUGAAAUGAAGAGACAAGGACAGACCAAACAUAUGAAGGAUCAAUUAUAAACUCUUUUCUGGCACUUUUUUCUGUAUCGACAACAGGGGGAUUCUCCCUCACUUAUUUUAUCCAGGCCACACUGUGUACUGAGUACUUAAGACACUGUUGGCAUUGUUUUCCUUUACUCCAUUGUUUUUGUACUUAGUGUCUGAAACUAUUUCUAAACUGACAAACUCAAAUGUUGGGAUGUAAAUGGAACAAGCUGUAUUUUUAUUGCUCCCAUAAUUUUUACACUUUUAAAUAGUCUUUUAAAAUGUGUUUUCUGGGCUACACACUUGGGGCUCAACAUUGGAUGAGUUGAACAAGUGGAUGAUGAUGAUGAUGCAUUUGAAAUGCUCUGUUACCAUGACAAUCUUUGGCAGGCUUGUUUUUUCGUCAUCUGUGUUGAGUGACGGUGUCUGUCUUUACAACUGCACUAGAAGUAAAGUUUCAGUUGUGACCACCACUGUUCUGGCUAAACAAACAGAAAAUGAGAGGACAAAAACGGUGAAGAAGCUUUUGAUUGAUCUAUUGCUGUUCAUUCUGUGGCCUAUGAUACCCAGAAAGCCAGUCUGCUUUCCUGAAUUGGCACAUGGUUGAGAUGCCAUAGAUACUGUGUAUUCAUGAGUUUUUGUCAUAGAAAUAAUGAAAAGUUACUGUAGGAAUGAUAUUGUUAUGAAUAUGGACUUUCUCUUAGGAGGCCCUUUGACCAGGAAGACAUCAUGCAGUAUGAAUUUAAUGACCAUACAGUAAUGUAAAAAGGCAAGCAAACGUUUGGUAAUUACUAAGCGAUGAUGCCACUAAAUCGCAAAGUUGUAGACAAUUUCUCAAGUAAUAUCACAUAAUAAAAAAGAUGGAACUAUACAAUAUCAAGUUUCCAGAACUCAGCUCAUCACAUAUCUCUGUCAAUGCAGAUGUAUUUAUUUUUGUUACUUUUUUCUUUAGCCCUUUUGUCAGAACUAUAACCACCAAUGUACUCUAGUAUUUCAAACAUUUACAAUAAAAUACUUUAAACUAAG